CCCAACUUCUCUUUCCUCUUGCACAAGAACAAGCAAACCCUAGCUCGAAGGCCGCCGCCACGGAUGAGAAGUCUGCCGCCGCUGCCCAGUCGAAGCCAUCGCCGCCGCUGCCCAGUCGAAGCCAUCGCCGCCGCUGCCCAGUCGAAGCCAUCGCCGCUGCUGCCCAGUCAGAUCCAUCACCGUCGCCGCCCAGUCAGAUCCGCCGCCGCCGCCGCUGCGAAGUCCGCUGUCGUGGAGAUUUUCUUCUCUUCUUCGAAGAUCUGCAACAAUAGAGGCCAGAUUUGCAAUGGAGGUGCCGGAUUAGUUGCGACUGUGGUCGGAUCUACAAUAGCGGUGGCUGGCGGUCGAUGCAGGUUAGAUCUGACCAGAUCUCCGGCGGUGUCCAGUAGAUCUGCAGCGGCGACAAUCAUAUCUACAACGGCAGUAACGUCCGGCGACCGGCGGUGACCGGCGGCGAUCGGCGGGGACCGGCGAUCGGCGGUGGUCCGAAGUUCUGGUUGGCGGC